AUGCUUCUGUCCAGUCGCGCCAGUCCGCCGAAACCACUGAGGUUCGGGGCUUCAGCUUCAACUUCAGCUUCAGACCGCUAUCUCUCCAUCCGACAGUUCCUCCCAUCCACCCCGAUUCCGUCGCCGUCUCUCCCGUCCAUCCUCCCUCGCCAUGGCAAGAAACCGCCAAAGCUCAACUCACGGAAGAUCGUCCGUGGUCUGUUCUGGCUCUCGUGCAUCAUAGCCAUCUACUAUCUCGUCUCCUUCGGCCGGACGAAAUCCCACAAGCUCGCCGAGCUGACCUUUCUGACUUCGCUGGGCAAGGUCUACGAAAUUGUCGAGGCCGCUGAGCUCCCCGACCAUCCAACCCCGCUGGCUUUGACGGAUGCAAAGGGGAAACAUCACUGGACGAUAUCCAUCCCCCAUGAGCUGCCUUUCCCGCUUCCCUACACCGAUUAUGCCGACAUCUGCUCCCAAGUCGACGAGGUAGCCCGCCACGUUGCUGGCCCUCGCGAUAAAUCCCACCAAAGCGUCUACUACCACGAUGAUCCCAACUUCAUCGACGUCCAAGAGGCACAGUCUCAGCACUUCCUCCCCCCUGAACCCUAUUCACCAUCUCACGAGAAGGAACACAAUCUGCCCGUCUGCGAGAAAUCCCUGACGUACGUCCUCGAUGCCGCCGAUGCAGGCCUCGGCUCUACCCUCCUCGGCCUGUGGCUGUCCUACAGCCUGGCCCGUCGUGAAGAUCGCGCCCUUUUCAUCGACGACACCCAUUUCCCCUACGGCCAAUACAGCACCUUCUUCGCCUCAAAGCCCUCUCCAUCUUGCCGCUUACCUGGCCCUUCACACCGCGUACCAUGCCCGCAUCAAGCUAGACACCUCGUCGUGUCUGCCGCCACAACCAGUUGGAUUUUUGGAGAGUCUUUCCACAAUCAUUUCUCUCAGAGGGAGAUCUUCGACAUGGCCAGGGAAGGGUACGAGGCGCUCUUUAAACUCCGACCCCAGGACGAGCAGUAUGUGCUUAGUCGCGUGGAAAAACUCCGCAAGGACGUCGAUACCAGCAUCGCUACCUCUUCCAUCCCACAAGACAAAGACUUCGACGACGACGACGACUAUUGGAAUGACGUGCCGCCAGAGAAUGGUUUGGUAGGGAUCCACAUCCGGCGCGGCGACCGGCACCCUUUCAGCCUGACAUACUCGCAAAACUACAUCCCCCCGGAGAUAUACAUGGCCACCGCCUUGAAACUGGUGGGCCAAUCUUCCCAGUGGAAAUUCCUCGUCGCGUCAGACGACGCGGACAUGUACGACCACAUCGACCUGCCUAACACGUUGCGCGCACAGGAACGCAUCUCGCUCGCGUCGAAGAAGAAGCUGGCGAGCAUGGGCCAAGGCGGCGGACUGGGUUGGGAAGGCGGCUUCUUCAAGGAUGUCUUCUGGGGCUUGGGUUUGCCGCAGGACGUGAAGGAACGGAAGAAAUGGGGCAGCCCGAUGCCCAUGAAAGCCAAGCACAGGUUUGGGGAGAAAGACGACGACGGCAGGGAGAAGCGACGCGAUUAUCGAACCCACCCGACCAAGGAGGCCCUCCAGCUGAGAGAACUCCUCGGCCGAGCGUACCUGUUGGACUUGGCCAUGUUGGCGCAGAGUGAUAAGGUGAUUUGUGGCGUCUCGGCCAAUGCAUGUCGGAUCCUGGCGGUGAUGCUAGGGUGGGAGAGAAGCUUCGAGAAGAAAGAUUGGAAUAAUGUGGAUGGAGGUUAUCGCUGGAGGGCUCUGGAUUAUUGA